UAUAUAUACAUAUAUAUUGCCUGAAGCGAAUUCAUGAAUAAGUUUUAAGGUAAAUGAUCCUUGUUGAUGAGAGCGAGAGAGACCGGUAUUGGUAUAUAGAUAUAAAAUCGAGAAGAUUCCGAGGAUAGUUACAAGAGAAUCUUCAAAGGAACAUGAUCGAGAUUCUGCUGCUAUUGAAUAUUAUUGGAGCGUUUUGCUCUCCGAUUGAACUUUAUGCGGAUCAAAAGUUUCUCGAUGAGGAAAAUGAAGCCGAAGUAAUUAUUGCCGUGGAACCACUUCGAGGAGUGGAAAAUCUACAUGAAAAAUCAAUUCCAAUAUUUCGUUUAAAAUAUCCAUCAUACGUGCCAACAAAUAAUUUACAUGAAAAAUCACAAUUACCAUUAAAUCAUAUGGGUACAAAAAAUCUUCAUGCAAAACAAAUUUUGCCAAUUACAACAAAUUCAAAAACAUUUUCUAAUAAUGAUAACGAUUAUCUAUUUUCCACAUAUCCUAAAAAUCAAUAUGAACAUGUUUAAAAAAUUAUAAAUUUCAUAUUUAUUUUUUUAAAUAUACAAAUGUGAGUUAAAUAUUUUUUCCCAUAUUUUUUUAAAUAAAAUUAAUAUUUUUAUAAUAUAAUAUAUAUAUAUAUAUAUAUAAUUAUUAUAUUAACUAUUUAAUACUAUUAAUGUUAAUUUAUUGUUUAUUUGUACAAUAAUUUGAAAAAUUAUAAUAAAAAAGAAAUUUUA